GGGUAUCCCGUGACAAGGUAAUACCGGUCAUCGUGAACACAGCGUAGAACAGAACGGUACCAUUCUGCCAGUCAGCGCGCAACAUUCAUUUUUAGUAGGGAAUUGGCUCUCGAACUGGAGCGCGGUCGCAACGACCGCAAGAGACACCUGUUGCGCCACUAAGUAAGCCGGCAGCCGCGAAACACGAACGCAAUAACGAUGCGCUCUAUUCGAAUGUGUUUGCGCGCCAAGUGACAACGUGAUUUGUUGACGAUUUUUGUUCUAUGUUUUGAAGAGAAAGGUUUUUUCAAAGAAGAGAGAUUAAAGCUCAAUAGAAGAAAGUCUUGCGUGACACCUUGUGACUCAAACUCUAUGUAUUUUGUUGCUGAGGCAGAAAUAAACGAGGUAAACAACAGGUAACGGUAGCAGGAGGCAGAGAACGCAUUAUCGCAAAUCAGAGUGAAAGAGCUAGAACGGAAGUUUCAAAAACCGCCAAAAGACGUACAAAAGAGACACAAGGAUGUUGAAAGUAGUGGGAUUGGAGGAUAACCAGCGAUUUGCAUUGAUGAAAUUUAGGCGGACAGUUCAAGAUAUUCUGAAACAACCGCAUCAUGACGAUAACUUUCUACUACGUUGGCUUCGAGCAAGAAAAUGGGACCCGGUUGCUGCGGAGAAGAUGCUACGUGAGUCUAUGGAGUGGCGAAAACAAUGGGAAGUUGACAAAUUAACCGAAUGGGAUCCUCCUCAAAUUUUGAAUGACUAUCUACCUCACGGUUUAUGUGGUUUCGAUAAAGAUGGUGCCCCAGUGAUUGUAGUGUAUUUCGACGCAUUAGAUAUUUAUGGUAUUUUGCAUGUAGUCUCGAGAAGGGAUAUGAUAAAGAUGACCAUAAAACGUCUCGAAGAAUACUUAAAAUUAUGUAGAGAACAAAUGUUAAAACACGGUCCAGCAGCUGGUCAAGUGGUCGUAAUUUUUGACAUGCAGGGUUUUAACUUGAAACAAUAUCUCUGGAGACCAGCUGGAGAAGUUGUCAUUACUUUAAUCCAAAUGUAUGAGGCUAAUUACCCAGAGAUUUUAAAGACCUGUUACAUAAUUAAUGCUCCAAAGGUAUUUGCUUUCGCAUUUUCCGUGACGAAAAAGUUUAUGAACGAGUAUACCUUAUCAAAGAUUCAAAUAUACAAAUCGGAUCCUGCGAGAUGGCAGACAGCGCUAUUCAGUAACAUUGACAGAGAUCAAGUGCCUGCUUUCUUUGGAGGCACCCUUAAAGAUCCUGAUGGCAACCCAAAGCUUGGUACCAAGAUUUGUCUUGGAGGCAAAGUCCCUAAAGAAAUGUAUGUAAAUAACACAGAGAAAGAUAUGGAGAACUUUACAACAGUUACAAUUAAGAAAGGUGGGAAACUAGAGCUUGAUAUCCCAGCAUCUGAAAUGGGAUCUCUGUUAAGCUGGGAAUUUCGUACAGAGAACCAUGACAUUAGAUUUGGUAUUGUGAAGAAAGAUUAUAAUGGAACACAGAAAGAAGUGAUACCAAUGCGACGAGUGGCUGCCCAUCAAUUAGAUGAGAUUGGAAUUUUGAUCUGUGAAGUACCUUCUACAUAUUCCAUUAUUUUUGACAACACUUAUAGCAUAAUAAGAAAUAAAAAAAUCCAUUACUCCGUGAAAGUUAUACCACCGACAGAAUCACAAGAAAUAACACCAACAACUUUAUAAUUAAUGUACUUAGAAUAAUAAUAUAUUAUAGAAAAUAUUCUCUCUGAAAAAUACAUUCUAUACAAUGUAAUUAAUAUUAAAAGAAGUCAAUGCUUUUAUGUUAUCGCUAA